AGGAGAGGCGGAGCGGGGGCGGAGCUUGGGGCUGGUGGAAGCUCUGGAGGGUAGGUGGGCUCAGACCGAGGGGACUACGGGUCGGCGUUGGGCUCAGCGGGCUCGAACAAAGGACUCUCGGGCAGGGACUCGGCACGGCGCCUUCCGACGGGUACCUGAGCGGUCGGUCGCGGCUUCUCCGCCAGCCAGUGCCAUCGCCGCGUGGUCCCGGUCGGCUUCUCCUCGGUUCCCCACGGCCAGCGCCGCGGUGGGGGGCCCGGCGCAGCGGCACCUGCUGCUGAGGGACCCCACGGCCCGCCGAGGUGCUCAUGAUGGGGCUGAUCUUCGCUAAACUGUGGAGCCUCUUCUGUAACCAAGAACACAAAGUAAUUAUAGUGGGACUGGAUAACGCAGGGAAAACCACCAUUCUUUAUCAAUUCUUAAUGAAUGAAGUGGUUCAUACAUCUCCAACCAUAGGAAGCAAUGUGGAAGAGAUAGUUGUGAAGAACACGCAUUUUCUCAUGUGGGAUAUCGGUGGUCAAGAGUCACUGCGAUCAUCCUGGAACACAUAUUACUCAAACACGGAGUUCAUCAUUCUUGUGGUUGAUAGCAUUGACAGGGAACGACUAGCUAUUACGAAAGAAGAAUUAUACAGAAUGUUGGCUCACGAGGAUUUACGGAAGGCUGCAGUCCUUAUCUUUGCCAAUAAACAGGAUAUGAAAGGGUGUAUGACAGCAGCUGAAAUCUCUAAGUACCUCACUCUCAGUUCAAUUAAGGACCACCCAUGGCACAUUCAGUCCUGCUGCGCUUUAACUGGAGAAGGGUUAUGCCAAGGUCUAGAGUGGAUGACCUCCCGGAUUGGUGUGAGAUAACUUUUUAGCUCGAAAGAGACUCUCUAUUUAUUCUGUGACAUGAACAUUUUUUCCUAGUACCUUUGGCUGCUAAGGCAGCAGCAUGUUUAAUUUAUAACAACACAAACCUCUAUGAGCAACACUUGAAUCAAGUGCAGCUGAACUGGAACAUAAAAGAUUUUUUUCUUAACUUUUUUUUUUAAUGCACUAAUCUUCAGUUGGAUGAACAUAAUGUAUAGCUGUUUUGAAGCAACAGAAUUCUUCUGACUGCUUAUUCUAAUUAUUCAACGACUGCCUUGUAAGAAAUGUUUGUCAUAUGUUUAAUGUUUACUGAAGUAUUGUAAUAACUUUAACAACCCGUUUCUUUCAUUUUUUGGCUGUCCCCUCCCCCCACCAAGUAAUUACUGGUUUGACAAAGUAGUAGUAGUAGAGGUACUGUUUGCAAACUUACCCAGCACUAAAUAUUUGCUCCCUCUAUAAACCACCUAUCUUUUGGACAGAACUUAUUAUAGAGAAAGAAAUAUGUCUAGAAGAUAUAUAUAUAUAUAUAUAUAUAUAUAUAUAAGGAGCGGGGUGAAACAUCUUGAGAACUGCCUUUAAAUGAGUUAAUUUCUGCCACAUUAUUGCAAGUCAUGGAAUAAUUUUAAGUUUCUAUUAGCAUGGAAAUUAAGUAGGCUAUUUAUCUAAAAGAUUUAAGUUCACUUUUCUGCCUACAACACAGGAUUGGUUUUGGUUAAAAACUAAUCAAAGUAAAAUAUUUAUUUCAAAGCUCAACUUUGAUAGUACAUAUUUUGAAUAAAUCUGGUAUUUUUAAGAAUGUCACAUUAUUCAGUACAUAUAUAACUAUUGCGAGUUACUAAAGCAUACCAGCACUAAAAAUUAAAACAAGACACUUGGAACAUAUUUUACUAUCAAUUGCUAACUUUAUUAUCAGCAAAAAGUUCAGCUAUUCCAUUUGCAAAUGCUUUGGGCAAUAGCUAAAAGCCAGAGGUAUAAACAAUUCAUUUUAUUUGUUAGAACUUGCAAUUGUGACUGUAAUAGCAUUUCUACCACCAGCAGUAGGUUACUUAAAAAACCACAGGGCUUUCCUUAAAUCUGUUUGAGGUUGUAGUGUAAUAGGCUUAAAACAAUUGCCAUUUGUAUAAUUAUGCCUUAUGUUCUAAAAUCUUUUGCUGGAUUAUAGGAAGCUGCUGAAUUUAAUCAUGGCUUUUAGAAUAUUACUAUUGAGACUCAAGUUUAAUACACUAACAACUUAAAAAAAUUUUAAACAGCAAAAAACUCAUAAUCUUGCAGAAGUUUACUUAUUGGAUAGCAUUAAAACAUUUUCAAGGCAGUCGUCUAAUAUGAACAAUAAUCUAAAUAAUGCAUACCUUAAGAGGGAGGACAAGUAUUGUAAUUUUGAUCCUCUUUAUUUCAAAUGUGUGAUUUUGCUAUAAUGAAAGGGAUAAAACAUACAUAGAGAAUAAUACUUUAUUUUUGCAGUAUUUUUAUUUCAUUUUGGUCAACAAUAGGAUUCAGUGUUCAUAAUAUCAAUACCUAUUCAAAGUGAUACUUAAAUUUUAAUAUUUUUUAAUCAUAAGUUGGUUUAAAUUUUGCUGUUUUCAGGUAUACUUGAUUUGCUAUAUUUAGUCUAAUUUAGUUGAAUGUGGUAACAUUUUUCUGAUUUCUGUUUAGUGAAAGCACACCCUAGAACUGGAGAUAACCAGAGGAAAGCUUUCUGGGCUUUGGGAACUAGUUGUUCAUUAACCUUGUUUUGAACCUUUUUCUUAGUGAUUCUGUACCAGGUAGAGGAUAAAUUUUGUUUUUAAUGUAACAUAAUCAAGAACAUGAGAGAAAAGCAGACAAGAAUCAAUAUGGAUGCUUUGUGGUGUGUAUGUGGUGGUGGGGGCAGGAGAAAUUAUGAAAAUACCAUUUACCUAAAGCUCACUUUGCCAGAAUUUCUAUCUUGGUUGUAUAGUUUACCCAUGAAUACUGAGGAUAAUUCUCUGAAUUCUGUCCUGAGGAAAGUCAUAUUUAAUACUCCUGUAUUUGUUCUUAUUAUGAAGUCUUUCUUCUUGUAUCUAACAAGGUUGGCUGGCUCCAUUUUCUUCUAUCAGAUUAUAUGGUUAUUUUUUUAUAUUACCACAUCAGCAUUAUGUUGAAAGUGUUAACAGUUGAUUGUAUUUUGUCAAACUACUAGUAUAGACUCAAGUUUUCUAUUUGAUUUUUAAAGUACAAUUUGUUUUAUUUUCUAAAUCCUUUUUUAAAAACACUGUUUUUUGUUUUGGCUUAGAAAUGAUGUAUAUUAGCUGUGCGUUGAAGAUGAAAGUAAUAUCCAGCUAGGUUUUGUGCCAACGAUUGGGAAAAAAGUUCACUUAGAAAAUUCAUGUAAGGCUUUUAAAAAGUGUUUUUUAGGUUCUCGUUAGAUAUUUCCUCUUAUAGUAAUAUGAAAACUGAUUAUCCUUUACUCCAAGAGAAUGUUUUGACCCAAGCACAUAUCUAACACUAAAGCAUUGAUUCUGACAUUUAUUGCAGAUCCGCCAACUAUAAGAUAUUGUCUGAUGAAAAAUGUAAAUUUGUGAUUAGUGCCUUUAUUCAUAUUUUGAGAUAAGUUCUCAACUUUGUAUUAUACCUGUUCUUCAGGAGUCAUAUUAGCAGCUAAUAAACAGUGAAAUAGUUCAAGUUUCACCCUCCCCAUCAAUUCCUCAAUUGCCUAGAGAAGUUUGUAAUGUGUGGUGGAAAGCAGGGGACCCACCCAUGUUACUUUUGGGAGAUUAUUCUACAUUUUGUUUUUAACUUGAGGUUAAAGAAACUAAAUUUUAACAAAUGUUUUGUUACAACUAAAAUGUAACUGCUACCCUUGUAAGUUCAAGGCAUUUUUCUUAAUUUUGAACAUGUUGCAUUCUUCAUAUUUAAACCCAUCUUUCUUAUUGAAGCCUAUCUGAGAACUCUUUUAGAAUUAAUAAGCCCUUUUAUAUGGGAACAUUCUGCCUAUUUUGUAUUGUUAGUGUAAUUUAAUUACUUAAAAUUUGAAAUAAUAUAUAAUCUUUUGAAUAACAAGAUUAAAUACAAAGUUUUGCUUUUAGGUUCUUUGUUAGUAUGCUUAAAGGUAUAAUUUUAUUCUAUAUUCAUUAGAGGAAUGAUAAUAAAUUGAAAUUUCAUCGUUAAAAGUCAUUUUUAAAAUGGAUGCCACUCCUGUAGCUGUAGUCAUUUUGAUUAAGCAUAAAGUAAUUUUCAUUAUCUAUAGCAUAAAGAGAAAAUAAUUAUUUUCCUAUGGAAAUAGUGAAUGAUGUAAGCAGUGCUGUGAACAUUCUCUGGAGAGUUAUGGGGAGUCACAAAGCAAAUUUUAAAACAAUAAAAGCUUUAUUUUUUAAAAAAUAUUUUUGAUGUAGUAUCCUAGGACAAACUAUAAAUGGAAUUGUCUCUGACUAGCACUCAUUUAAUUCUUAACUAUGUAAAACAAUACCAGUAGAAAAAAUAUACUGGUAUUAUACCUAGAAUAGGUGAAUUCCAUUGACAUUUAUCUUUGAAGACCAAUUUUAUGAGCCUAACUUUUCAUCUGUGUUUUUGGAUCCAAAACAUUUCAUAUCUAGUUCUGUUCUAAAGGAUCUUUUAUAUUUUGUCAGGGUAAAGUCACUUCAAGGUACAGCAUGAUGACUUGUAUCUAGUAGAACAUUGUGCUGGCCAUCUAAAGAAGUGGGUUUGAAUCUUAGUUUGGCCAUGACCUGUUUGACCUUAGACAGUUCUAUCUAUGGCCUUCCUACUGUUUUGUAUCAACUAGUAGCUGCUGCUCCACUUAAGUUGAGCUAGUAGUUAAUGAUAAUGCAAAUAAGAAAAUAAGCCAUAUUGCUAUUUAAUCCACUUAUAAAACACCAGUGUGUAUUGGAAAUACUCUCUUCUAGAAAAUACCUUACUUAUUUUCCUGGCUUUUACUAAUUGGAUGGAAGUGGUUAGUUUAUUCAGAGUUUAUUGGCUUUAGACGCUACCCCAAACCCCAGUUCUGUUUGACUUUCCAGUAUUGAAGGGAUAGUACAGCCAGGAUGUCAAUAUUUUACAAAUGUCUUUAUAAAUCUGGAAGUAAUUUAUAUUCAAGGUUAGUUUUUUCAGUAAUGUCUCAUCCUUACUCAUUUAGCAUUACUGUGAAGACUGAAAUCAAAAAGCCAGGUUCCCUAAAAGUAUUUUUUGAAGAGUUCCAGGUAACCAGAGCUACAUAGUGAAGGCCAAUAAAAAAAAUUUUUUUUUCAGUUACUUUGUUUUAAAUUUAAAGUAGAAAAAUAUUGCAUUCUGCAGACCUAAAAUCAGCUUUAAAUGUAUAAGGCCUAGUGAAAUGUUUGGGAAAUGUUAAUUGGAGGUUUAGAGGCAUACCUAGAAAACAAAAGUCAAAAAACUUGAUAGUAAAGAUUAAUGUGCGGUAGAAAAUCUUCAAUAGAAAAUAUGAGUGAAAAUAGUGAAUUGCCCCCAUUCAAGGCACUUAAAAUUACUAGAAAAUUCAGUCUUUUACUGUAGAAUUGGAUGGCCUAUAUUGUUUUUAAUGUGGCCAAAGGACUGAAGCCUGAUCAGGUUUCUAGAAUUUGGGAGUGUAGUCACAGAGUGGCACCUUUUGCAUUUUAAUAAACCAGUAAUCUACCUUUUCCCCUAGAAAUGGAGAAAUAAUAAAAUGUGCUGUGCAUAAUCUUUUGGACUAGAAAACAAAAUUCUAGAAGAAUGGACGUGUUCUCUUGCACAAACUUGUAAAAAUUUUAAUUAAAAAAUUACCUCAUUUUUCAGUCCAUAAGGUGCUUUGCUCCAGUUUAUGGGAUGUUGCACAAUCCCAUAAAAUUCCCCUUUACCCAAACUGUAUUUGAAAUAAUCAAAAUUCACAACCAAAGGAUAGCAUUCCUUGGAAAUUUUGUUUUCAUUUACUUCUGUCUACCACUAGCAAGGUUAACAAGAUGUAGCAAAAAAAAAAAAAGAUGUAGCAGAUCCACAUACCGUCUUCAUUAAAGCACAUGGGCAAGUGCUUAGUAUUUAAUCAGUUUCAUUAAAAUCAAGGUAAGGGAAAGGAAAAACCCUAAAAUUUGAUUGAUUUUAUUAUACUGUGAAUAUAUUUCCAUUGGUAUUGGUGAGAUACCAAGUGACUAUCAGUUGAUGUUGGUUAUGUAUAAUUUACUUGCAUAUUUUGGCCCUAUUCAUAAGAGACUAUAAUCAUUUUAAUCCUACAUUUUCCUUCAGGAAAUGCAGGGACUCUACAGCCCCUAUUUUGUUCUCUUGGAGUAAACCGUUCAGUGUAGUUAUGGAAACUUUUCAUUUUGAUUUUUUUAGAACGUUGAGCUGCUAUUUCAUUAAAAGUGUGAAAUAAAAUGACGGUUAUUAUAUUUUCCAAUUAUGUAAUAGUUAUAAAAUUUACCCUGUUCAUCUAUUGUACGGCGCAUGGUUAAGAAAACAAAAACUAAAAGCAGUUACAGCCUUGCUCUUCCGUUUGUUCUAGUCAGGAUAUAAUGAUUAUACGUACACAUUGCCAUCUUAACAUAAAUUGGUGCUUUAGAGCAUUAAAGAGGAAACAGCAGGCCCUAUAUAAUAUACUUCUUGCCUCAGAAUGUAAAACUACAUUCAAGUGUCUAUAUUUAUGUUCAUGUUCAUUUCUUAAAUACAAAUCUUAGUUAUAAGCUUCAGGCUUUCUGCAAACAUUGUAACAAUAUCUUCGCUAAUCAGCUUGGUCAAAUAAAGAGGAUGUUAACAAGGCCAAAAUUAUGAAUUGGAUCUCUCUGGGGGCCCCCUGGUAUUGUACAGAGGAAAAAAAUGUCUUUCAUGCCACAAACUGAGCUUCUUAAUCCCAACCAAAUAACUGAGAUGUGUGCUAUUGGUUCAAUACAUAAGCAUUAAUAAAAUUAAAAGAGCAAACAGAUUAACACAUUCACAUCAUGACUUCUUGAAAGUGGUAGUGGUUGAGAGCAUGUUGUUCUGAUGGUGGGGUCGUUUAAAAGACAUGUUUUAAGUUUUUAAUAGCUUUAUUAAAACUGUUGUAAAAUGCUUCUAUAUGUUAAGUUUAGGUUACUGGUACUCAUGAUUCUUUAUUUCUGCAAUUAUGCUGUAAUGAGUUGCUUGCAUGCCUACUUACCCAAGUGAAAGGAUGCUGUUUGCUCUGGAAUGUUCAUCUUUUAGACAGGUUUUGGCUCAUGUGCAGUCAUGGUGCAAUACAGUGUAACAUUCAUUUGUUUUCAGUCAACAAUUUUAUUUUUGUCAUAAUAAAUAAUUACU